AUGCACCGCCGACAAAGAAUAGGGAAACCGGAGGUGACGAGCAGUAGCAAUAGCAGGAGGCGACGAGCAUUAGCAGUAGGCUGUGGCGAUGGACACACAGGAGGCGACGACAUUCAAAUCUUCGAUGGGGGUGGCGCUAGCUGUGGUGGGUGGUGCGGUUGUGAGACUGCAAGCACGUGUAUUAGGGGUGGAGGAAUUAAUAGGGUUAACCAUUAUUUGUCUGGAAAAGGCCAAGAUAUUGAGGCAUGUCAAAAGGUGCCAGCUGUGGUGAGACACCAAUUUAAUCAAAACAUUGAAGAUCUUCGAACCAAGAAAAGGAAAACUCAAGAAGAAUAUGCAGAAAGUUAUAAUGUUUGUGAUGAAGUUGAAAGAGAAUUUGAUGAGAUUGAACGUAAUGAGAUGCGACAACAACAAAAAUCAAGACUUCCAACACCUAGCUCUAGAAAAGAAAAACAACUCAAGUGUGAUAUUCCCAUUGCAAGAUGGAUGAUGGAUACCUCUGUGCCGUUAAAUGCAGUUAAUUUAGCUUAUUAUCAGCCGAUGAUCGAUGCUAUUGCAAACAUGGGUGCAGGGUAUAAAGGGCCAAAUUAUGGAAGAGUUCGUGGAUAUUUGUUGAGUAAAUUGGUUGAAGAUGUAAAGAAGAUGAUUAAAGAUUAUCGAACUGUUUUGCUAAAGUCAGUUGAUGCUUCUCAUGUCUCAAAAACUGCUGAAGCUUUGUUUAAGUUGCUUAGGGAUGUUGUGUUAUUUGUUGGUCUUGAGAAUGUUGUACAUGUAGUGAUGGAUAAUGCUGCAAAUUAUGUUGAUACUGGAAGGUUGUUGGAAUUGGAGUUUCCUAGAUUGUAUUGGUCUCCUUGUGCAGCACAUUGUGUUAAUCUGAUGUUGCAGGAUAUUGGGAAGUUAGAGGAAGUGAGUGAAAUUGUGUCACAAGCUUCAAUGAUUACAAAUAUUUUGGCUCAAAAGGAUGCAUUGAGAGCUAUGGUGACAUCUAGAGAAUGGACAAGCUCAGCUUACUCUAAAGAAGCCAAAGCUAAAAAGUUUGUGGAUCAAGUCUUAGAUUCUAAAUUUUGGAAUCAAUGCACUUAUAUUGUUAAGCUUACUGAGCCACUUGUUCGUGUAUUGCGUAUUGUGGAUAAUGAAGAUAGAGCUGUAAUGGGUUUCCUUUAUCAAGCUAUUUAUAAGGCUAGGGAAGAGAUGCUGAAGAGGAACCGAAUGAGAAAGAAAAGUUAUGAUCCUAUUUGUCGUGAUGCAUUUGAGGAUCAUUCAAAAUGGAUAAUGGAAGAUUCACCACCAUUUUCAACUCCUGAAGAAGUUGAUGCUUUACGGAAUGAUCUUGCAAAUAUGUCUCUUCAAUCAGCUUUAGAUGAUUUGGAUCAGUUGAAUUUGGAAGAUUAUCGAGAUGAUGAUGAAGCUAAUAAUAAUUUUGUGAAAAAUAUAAAUCUGAAUGAAACCAAUCAGAAUGUAGCUUCAGAUUUGUCAGAUAAAGAAAGAUAUCCAAACUUUGAAGUUACUCCUUGGAUAUAA